AUGUCAGAUUUUGGUAAAGCAGGUAGUGGUGGUUUACAAAGUUCACAAUAUGAUAAUAUAGAUAGAAGAGAAAGAACAAAGCAGUUAGUAUUAGAACAUAUCGAUAUUUCUAAAGAUCCAUAUAUUAUAUCAAAUCAUAUUGGUUCUUUUGAAUGUAGGUUGUGUUUAACUGUUCAUAAUAAUAUUGGUAACUAUUUAGCACAUACACAAGGUAAAAAACAUCAAACUCAUUUAGCCCGUCGUGCUGCAAAAGAACAAAGAGAAAAUUUAGUUUCAAAAAAUUAUGUUCAAACCACCUCAAGCAGAAUUGCACCCAAAAAAACAAUUAAAAUUGGUAGACCAGGUUAUAAAAUUAUUAAACAAAGAGAUAGUAAAACAGGUCAAUUAAGUUUAUUGUUUCAAAUAGAUUACCCUGAAAUAGAGUCAGGAUUGCAACCAAGAUAUAGAAUUAUGUCUGCAUUUGAACAAAGAGUGGAGGCACCAAAUAAAGACUACCAGUAUUUAUUAUUUGCAGCAGAGCCCUAUGAAACUAUUGCUUUUAAAAUACCAAAUAAAGAAAUUGAUAGAACUACUGGACCAGAUGGCAAAUUUUUCACUCAUUGGGAUAGAAAUAAAUUAACUUUUACUUUACAAAUGUAUUUUAAAUAA